AUGGCUUUUGAAUCUCUUAAAAAGUUGGUGAUCAAGAAAGAGCAUGUGGCCGAAAAACCGAAGGAUUCGUUUCCUUUAAUCGAAGAAUUUUUUCGGUUGCCAAAGAUAUAUUAUAGGACGAUUGGACUGAAUCCCUACGAGUCGUCGAAGGCUGAGAAAAAUGAUCCAGACAUUCUUUCCCGCAUCCAAUCCGUUGUUUUCAUCCUUAAUCUGGUCUUUGUUGUGGUUAUGGAGGUUGUAUACAUUGUAAUUUCGUUCCGGAACGGCGACAAUUUUUUAGAAUCCUGCAUGGUUAUGUCUUACAUUGGCUUCUCCUUCGUUGGAUUCUCAAAAAUUAUUGUUGUGAUAGUUCAAAAGGAGAAGAUGACUAGUUUGUUUCGGACUUUGGAAUCCAUCUUUCCAAAGCCCCUUUCAGCGGAGGAGGAUCCCUACGAUACUCGCCAAUAUUUGAGACGGUGCCUCCGAUUCACCAAGGGAUUCGGAGGUCUCUACACCUUCCUGGUGUUUAUCUAUAACUUCUAUCCGAUCACUCAAUAUAAAGUGCUGGAGCUGAUGGGCUCCCCGAACGCCAAUCCAGUGCUACCUUACUCCAUCACAGCUCCGUGGGAUUACCGGCAUGGAUGGGAUUAUUAUCUGAACUACUUUUCAGAGGCCGUGGCCGGUUACACUGCCACCUGCGGUCACAUAUCCGCCGACUUGAUGAUCUUCUCCGUGACCACACAGGUUAUUAUGCAUUUCAGUCGUGUUAUCAAGGCUUUCCGGGAGUUCGAUGUGGGAGACCCCUCAAACGAUAGCGGAGAAAAGGUUAAAGGAGCGGAUGAAGCGCUGCAGGAGCUUCGUUCCCUAGUCGCUUAUCACCAUCAUAUUCUAAGAAUAACCGAUGAUGUGAACGAUGUUUUUGGAAUUCCACUGUUGAUCAACUUUGCAGCAUCUUCGUUGCUGGUUUGUUUCGUGGGAUUUCAGAUGACCUUUGGUGUAAGUCCCCAGCACUUUGCCAAGUUAAUGCUCAUGUUGUCAUCAGCUCUGGUUGAAAUUUAUCUAAUUUGCUCCUUCAGUCAGAGGCUUAUACAAGCAAGUGAAAAUGUGUCGUCUGCUGUCUACGAAAUGAAUUGGACAGGUGCAGAUGUUCGAUUCCGAAGGAUGCUUAUUUAUAUUGCCCAUCGAUCACAAAAGCCUGUCUGUUUAAAAGCCACCGUAUUUGUGGAUAUUUCUAUUGAAACAAUGAGUAUUUUUCUACGAAUGUCGUAUAAGUUCUUUUGCGCCAUUCGAACGAUGUAUCAGUAG